AUGCAGUCCUCUCUUUCGUCCUGGAAGGACACGGCGCUCUCCAAAAAACACAUCCAGCUGCCAUGGCGGUCGAUACAGAUCCUCGUUCCUCAUAGACUGCGGCGCAAGCUGCGGUCGAAGCUACGCAACCGACAGUCGCCCGCCUCGUCCUUUGCCAAUCUCCAGACGUCCUGUUCUCCUGCCGACACGUUAAGAGCACUCCAGAAUCACAAGUGGACCAUUUACGAUGCGCAGUGGUUGUUCCUGGCCUUCAUCGGGAUCUUUUCCCUGAGCAUCAUUGAGUCGCCGGGCCCUCUGGUCAAGACGGCGGUGGCCACGCUCUUGCUCACCUCCCUGGUGUUUCCCAUCACUCGACAAUUUUUCCGACCCUUCAUGCCCAUUGCCGCAUACCUCAUCUUCUUUUACGCCUGCAGGUUCAUCCCCGCCGAAUGGAGGCCUCCGAUCUGGGUUAAGGUCCUGCCUGCGCUCGAAAACAUCCUCUACGGCGCCAACCUCAGCAACAUCCUUUCCGCCCACAAAAGCACCGCCCUGGAUCUGUUGGCGUGGUUCCCGUACGGCCUGGGCCACUUCGGGGCUCCUUUCGUGUGCUCGGCCAUCAUGUUCGUAUACGGACCGCCCACCACGGUGCCUGUUUUUGGGUUCGCCUUCGGAUACAUGAACCUCUUUGGCGUCAUCACACAAGUCUUGUUUCCUUGUUCCCCGCCGUGGUACGAGAACAUGUACGGCUUGGCCCCGGCGAACUACUCGAUGAAAGGCUCGCCCGCCGGCCUGGCACGUAUCGACGCACUGCUGGGGUUCGACAUGUACACGUCCGGGUUCACCGCUUCGCCCAUGGUGUUUGGGGCGUUCCCGUCCCUUCACGCGGCCACGUCGACCCUCGAGGCCCUCUUCAUGAGCCACGUUUUCCCGCAGCUCACCCCCCUGUUCGCGUUCUACGCCAUGUGGCUCUGGUGGGCGACCAUGUACCUGUCACACCACUACGCAGUCGACCUAGUCGCGGGCAGCAUGCUCGCGGGUGUCAUCUUCUACUUUGCGAAGGCGAAGUUCCUGCCUCGCCUGCAACCGGACAAGAAAUACCGCUGGGAUUACGACUACGUCGAAAUCGGCGAGGAGCAGAGCGACUACGGAUACAGCCUGGCCGGCCUCAACGGCGGCCAUCCCGACAGCGACGAAUGGACGAUUGGUUCCUCGUCUUCCGUCUCAUCCGGCUCCCUCAGCCCGGUCGAAGAAAGCCAGAACCUUUGGACCGAGGCCUACUCCAACCGCGAACGAUAA